CCGCUAUCGUCAAAUCAAUCCGGCCAGAUCUAGCCUAGCCUGACGUAUCUAUGACUUUCAAUUGCGCCAAAAAUCGUCAGCGGCUGCGUCUGGAGUAGAUCCAUCUAAACUCCUAAACUGGAGCCGCUGAUGCUCUCUCGUAGAGAUAUCCACCUUGCCUCCCCCCUCCUUCAUACUUAGAGCACUCUUCCGCCUCGGAAUAUAUCAACACCACUCCGCCUAACCCCAACAACAAUAGUUAUAUCAGCAUCCGUUCUUCUCGCCGGAUCUCCGCACUAGGCCCGUACCGGGAACCUCCAACCAUACCCACAGCAACCCUCAUCAUCUGAUCUCAGCUGGCGAGGAAGCCGGCUGCUUGCAUGCUGCCUCUGGUGCCGGUGUCUCCAAAAUGAUCUCCGUGGAGCUCUGCAAGCCGACUGACGACAACGAACGUUCGAAUCGCCAGUCGCUGCCAUCUAUCUCCGAAUUCAUCUCAGGCACCAAGCCCUCUUCCUCCCAUCUCACUCCAUCCUCCAGCAUGCAGUCUGACUCCAGCCUACCUUCGCCUUUCGCACCCGCUCCUCGCCCAUACCCCGAAAUUGAGAAGCACUCGUCCCCCCAACCCCUAUUUCUGGCUUGGCCAUUUUCUCCCCGACAGGAUGCUCGGGCAGCCUCAGACUCGCCGAGCCCCCCUUUCAGCAGUCUUGCAUCUCUACGGCCAGCCUCAGACCGACGCCCGAGCCCGUCAAAGCCAGACUUUCCUCCUCCACAUUACGAUACCGAGCCGCAAAAGCCUCCCCAGCUUCUUCAUCCCUUCAAGGAAGUGCAUGCACACCCUCCUCCACCGCUACCAGCUCUGGUGUCCUAUCAGUCGGACCAUCUACCUCCUGGCCAGAUGCCACUGCCUGCAUAUCCCAUUUCCCCUCAACACGCUAUUCCACCCAAUGCUCCGAGGCCGUGCGAUCCCGGACCAGUGCCUGAUGCUGAUGAGGAAGAUCACUCUGUCCGAGCCAGAAACAACGCGACGGUUGAAGGACACUUCGACAGCUGGAUCUAUGAGGACUGGCUGAGUCGGCUUGGAACGUCGUCCCGGACGAUUCUGAAUUUUGCAGAGGCCUACAGCGGAAUCGCCCGAGAAGAGCACGGAGCACACCUUAUUCCCGAAAGACUACCGACCGAACGAGAGGUCAGCGACAUGCUUGGAAGCAUCGAACCCAUCAAGCAUUGGUUGAAGCAAGUGAGGGAUCUGGUACAGGUGUCGAUCCAGAACCAGAAAGCUGGUGGGAGAGGGGAAAUAAAGGGCCUUUGCGAGGAAGAACAUGACGUAUUAAUGUCCGGAGACGGGAUGAUGCCUCAACACGACUCCAUUAAGAAGCGGCGAAGAGUGAAUUUUACGGAGCUCGCCCCGAGCCCAGGCAGAUGCCAUAGCUGUGAUAGGAUCGACACACCCGAGUGGAGACGCGGCCCGGACGGCGCCAAGACGCUCUGUAAUGCCUGUGGCUUGCAAUACGCCAAGCUGGAGAGAAAAAGACAGCUUGAGGUGCGGUUAAUUCGUCCGAAAUCCGAAGGACUCAGGACGUGA